GCCGAGUGGACGGGUAACGCGAGUCGUUUGGCAACCUUCGUAUUUAAAGUUGACCCCGGGCUAACAAUGCGACAGCAGCCAAGGAAGAAACGCCGAACGAGCGGCUCGGCAGUCCGGAAGCCAAGAGGCGAGUCGAUCGAAGUGAAACGUUCGGUGGCAACCAGGCCGCUCUUGUCGCCGAGUGUACACACCGGCACACUUCUGACCCUUCUAGGUGGCGAAGAUGGCGCUGUUGCUCCGGGCGGCCUGCGCAAGCCUCUCACUUUUCUUCUGCUCCACGGCCCCCUUGACACUGUCUCCUUCGAAAUAUGCAGGGAGCAUGAAUGCGCGAACGCUUUACAAUGGCAGCGUUCACCGCGAGAAGAGGCAGCUCUCGGAAAUCGUGUACGCCCUGACUUCGGGAGCCAGGCUCAUCAUUGGAGCUGGCGUGGGACUGUUGCAGUCCGUUGGCAGAAUAGGAAAAGAAGUGGUCGGCGAAUCGGACGGUGGACUUUUAGGCCUGCUGAGUUCGCUCUUCACUGGCGUUAACGUCAGCUUAGACCUGGUAAGGAACGUUUUACUGGCUGUGCUCGGAACGAAGGACAUCUUACUGGGCACGCCUUCAAAGGACGAGCUGACCGCGGCGGCAGAUACUUUUGUCGACAAGAACUCGUAGAAGGCGUGGUGCUGCUGAUGGAAUGCUGGAUGACACGUUCGUGGAAGACGUUUGCGUCUGCCAGCCCAGAUCAUGCUCUUCGUGCAUUGUGCUCUAUUCGCCACCCUCCGGAGCCUAUACGAAACACCGACCAGAGCUUUUGGCUUAUAAGGAGGAUUUUCGAGCCCUUCAAGACGCAGGAAAGUUAAAAGGCUUCCUUGUAGGCGCGUAGCCAAAAUAAAAGCAAUGCUUUCUUUUACAGCGAAGCUGUCUAUGGCUAGGGAUUUAUGCAUUUUUCAUGUUCAUUAACAGAUCUGCAUGUGCAAAAACUCAGCUCCCCAAUAUGAUGCAAUAUUGCUUCAUUCUAUGCAAAAGCUUAUACACCUCAUCACUUGGAUAUGCAUUUUCAGUAGAUUAGUUAUCAAUAGGCACCAUUUUCAAAAACAGUAGACUUUCAGGUAGAUAAUAAGAGUUUAUCAAAGAUUUGCCGCUGUGCGACCCGCGUCGGUCAAGUGAACGCUUGCACCACCCUCCCUUUGUCGUCGUUCCAAGCGCUUGCGUGCCUAGUUUCCUUCCGCUCUCCCGGCGUGGCGGUCCCGUCGCGCGUCUCUAGUUUUCUCCGGCUCCCCGAGGUGGCGGUAGUCUUCCACACGAAUGUAUGCCGCCGAUCAAGACCGCCGAUCAAAAUAAAAGUGUGUAUGCGUGUGUCUUUCUUCGGGAUGAUCACCGUCGCUGCUCAAGAUAAAUAAAU